ACUUGAGUUUAUCAAUAACUAAUAAAAUGUAACGUUCUGUCACUGUCAGUCAGUAUUCAGAGUUUAUGUGCAUUUGCUUCUUACAGGAUGAAGGUAUGUGCCCUCCUGAUGUGUGUCUUCCCCCUUUAUUGGGGGACACAGGCCGACCCCAGAUCGUAUCUGAUCACAGCUCCUCUCUCACUGCGUCUAGACGCUACAGAGACGGUGCUGCUGCAGUUGUUUGGUUUCACACAGGAGGUUAGGGUCUACGUUUACUUGAAGACCUCUAUGGCUCCAGAACAAGUGGUUCUAGCUCAAGAAGUAGUGACCCUCAACAACCAAAACAACCACCAGGCUGCUGCCAGAGUCCGGCUGCACCCAAGUCAGAUAGAUAAGACUGUGAAUCAUGUGAUUCUCCACGUCCAGUCAUCAGCGAUCAACCAGCACCUGUCCAUCCCUGUCAGCCGCACAAAUGGCUUCCUGUUCAUCCAGACUGACAAACCGCUCUACACACCACACCAGAGUGUCAAGGUGCGGGCAUUUUCUCUGAACCAGGAGUUAAGACCGGCUAAUCGCAGCGUCUUCCUGACCUUUAAGGAUCCAGAUCAGACCACAGUAGAUAUUGUGGAGAUCUUUGAUAUCAAUAAUGGAAUCCCAUCCAUGCAGAACCCCUUCAAGAUCCCUAUCAAACCAAAGACCGGGAUCUGGACCAUCGAAGCCUCUUACUCCGAGGAUUUCACCACAAUAGCCAGAACAGACUUUGAAGUGAAGGAAUAUGUUCUUCCCAGUUUCUCCAUCCUCAUUAAUCCUGAAGUAAACUACAUUAGCUAUGCACAAUUCACCACCUUUGACUUCAAGGUGUCUGCAAGGUAUCUGCAUGGAGCUCCGGUGGCUAGUGGCGAGGCCUUUCUGCGUUACGGCUACGUUAGUGGGAAGAAUGAUCCUGUUAUUAUUCCAAGCUCUAUUUCCAGAGAGAGACUGUCCUUGACAGGUGAGGUUGAUGUGACGGUCAACAUGGAGAGGGUCCUUUCCAAACACAGUGGACCAAAAGACCUGGACAGUAUGGUGGGAAAAUACCUGUACAUUGCUGUCCUGGUGCACGAGGAUACAGGUGGUAUCACUCAGGAGGCAGAGUUUGCUGUGGUGAAGUUUGUUAAAUCUCCUUACAGACUGAGUCUGGUGUCCACACCCCCAUUCAUCAAACCUGGACUUCCUUACAACAUUCAGGUGUUGGUAAAGGAUCACCUGGACAAACCUGUGAACCAUGUUCAAGUCCGUCUGGUGGAGCGACAAUUGUUCAGACAGGGUAGAGGGAUUGAGGAGCUCCCCUGCCCUGACAGCGCUCACAGUCACUCAGAUGGCCUUGCUGUCUUCAUCUGCAACACGCCGAGCGGAGCAAACAGAGCCGUGCUAAGGUUUGAGACUGCAGACCCCUCUCUCCCAGCAGCCAGCCAGGCCAGUCUGACACUGGAGGCAGCGGCCUAUCACUCCCCAAACAGCCGUUACCUUUACAUCGACCCACCACUGCCUGGCCGUGGCCUGGAGGUGGGACAAUUUGCAAACAUCAAGGUGUACUCAGCCGCGCCCUCCUACAUCCCCCUCAGAGCCCUCAGCUACCUGGCGCUAUCUAAAGGUAAAGUGGUGACGUUUGGCACUAAGGAGGUCGUCUCCAGCAGGGACAACAAACAGACACUGAGUUUCCAGGUGACAUCCUCCAUGGUCCCGUCUAUCAGGCUGCUGGUCUACUACAUCCUGUUUGGAGAGGGGACGUCUGAGCUGGUGGCCGACUCCGUCUGGCUGGAUGUCAAAAGCAAGUGUGUCAACGGACUCCAGACUGAUCUUUCAUUUAGACGGCGGGACCACAAACCAAAGGGGCAACUACAGCUAGAAAUCGAGACCAAUCAGGAUGGUCUGGUGGCUCUGUCUGCGCUGGACUCUGCCCUCUUCACGCUACGACCCAACUUCAGAGACCCUGUCUCCAUGGUUCUGCGUCACAUAGAGGAGAGUGACCAGGGCUGUGGAGGAGGCGGGGGCAUCGACAGCGCAGACGUCUUCAGAUUGGCCGGCCUCACCUUCAUCACUAAUGCCAAUGCUAGACCAUCAUCCAACAAUGCAGCGUGCACAGCAGCAGUGAGACCAAAGCGAGCUCUGACUGAUGAGGAGAAGAUAGAGAAAGCACAGAGUUUCGGCCCUCUGAAGGCGUGCUGUGAGCAUGGGAUGAGGUACAUCCCAAAGAGUUUGACCUGCCAACAGUUUGCUGAGCAGACGAUUCGGAAACACCUUCGCUGCAGACAGGUCUUCAAAUCCUGCUGUGAUUUCAUCCAACAGAACCUGGACCAGGACCAGAACCUAAUCUUGGGACGCAACGAAAUGGGUGCCAACUUUGACCUGGCUCCUUCUCUGGUGAGGAGCUAUUUCCCAGAGAGCUGGAUGUGGGAGGUGCAGCCUGCCAGCCCGGGCACUUUGUCUAUUACAAGAGCUCUUCCAGACACUCUAACCACCUGGGAGAUCAGGGCCAUCGGCAUGUUCAAGAAUGGUAUGUGUGUUGCAGAGCCCGCUCACGUGCCGGUCAGUCUUCCACUCAGCGUGGAUGUCCCGCUGCCUUACCAGGUGGUCAGAGGAGAACAAGUGGAGCUGAAAGGCUCGGUGUACAACCGGCAGCCUGAAAACAUCGAGUACUGUGUGACGCUGACAGCUGGCCCUGCGCUGUGCCUCCUGCAGUCCCAGCCAGCUUCUGGAGGGGCGGGGCUACACUCAACGGCCUGCACCUGGAGCCGCCUCUCUGCAGGGGACAUCAGGACAGUGGUCUUCACUGUGCUGGGCCUGGAGCCAGGAGAGCACACCCUGACCUUCACCCUGAAGACACGUGGAGGACCAAGAGACAUCGUGGAGAAGAAGCUUCGAGUGGUGCCUGAAGGUCUAAAGAAAGAGCAGUUUUCUGGCGGGAGACUGGACCCACAGGGACUUUACGGUUCAGAGAAAAGGGUUGUGGAGCUGAAGAACAGGGUGCCAGAAAAUGUAGUUCCCAAAACAGCCGUAGAGAGGCUACUGACCAUCAAUGGUGAAGUUCUCGGCGACAUCAUAACAGUGGUACACAGUCCCGAAGGUCUUCGACAGCUUGUCAACCUGCCAGCAGGCUCAGCAGAGGCAGAGCUCGGUGGACUUCUCACCCUGAUUCAGGUAUAUCAGUACCUGGAGACAACAAGGACCUGGGACAUCUUGGGAGCAGACAUCCAGAAGAACUCUGCAGAUCUCAGGCACAGGAUCAAAGAGGGACUGGUCAGUAUCAGUUCAUUCAGAGGUGGAGAUUCCAGUUACAGCGUGUGGAGGAAGAGAGAGCCCAGCACCUGGCUUACAGCUCUGGUGGUGAAGACUCUGUCCAUGAUGGACCCGCUGGUUCCAGUGGAACAUCAGUCUCUGUCAGACUCCGUGUCAUGGUUGAUCCGCAGCACGCAGCAGUCGGAUGGAUCCUUUACUGACACAUCCUCCUUCAGGCCCAACAAAAUCCUGGCUGAAGGGACCAAUGCUGUUGACCAGUCAGUGUAUCUGACUUCCUUUGUGUUGAUUGCACUGAGCAAAGUGACGAGGAUCCAAGACCCGAUUCUGCAGCUACGAUUCCACGAUGAUAGCAUGAGAUCUGCUGCCAACUACAUUUCUCAGCAUGCCCCAGGAGUAAGGAGUGUUUAUGUGCGUGCAGUGGCCACUUAUGCACUGACCCUUCAUGACCCCAACAGCAUGUCAGCAUCCACCCUGCUCAGCAGCUUGGAGAACCUGGCCCGACAGAAAGGUAACCCCGCUGAGCUGAGGUACUGGCAGGAGCCCAGUGUGACAGCUGACUGGCUGAAACCUGACCAAUCAAGCAGUCUUACAGUGGAGACCACAGCGUAUGUCCUGCUGACUGUGCUGCUCAAGGGGAGAAUUCCAUAUGCCAACCCCAUCCUGACCUGGCUGACCCAAGAUCAGCACUACGGAGAGGGCUUCUUCUCUGUACAGGACACAGUCAUGACUCUAGAGGCAGUCACCGAAUACAGCAGAAUUGUUCCUCGAGCCGUCCUCAGUCAGGACAUCAACAUUCGUUUUGGCAGGACUGGAGAGCUAAAGAGAGUCCAGCUCACCCAGAGCCGUCCUGUAGCCACGCCCAUUCAGGUGACGAAGGAUGAUGUCAUCACAGUGUCAACAGGAUAUGGGAGAGGCGUGUCGAAUGUGAAGCUGAAGACAGUUUACUAUGAGACCACAGCAUCCUCAGAGAAAUGUAACUUUGACCUUACGAUAGAAGUGGCUGGCCCAGGCAGCACCAACAAUCCCAGCUCAAGUUCCACUAAUCUGGUUGCCUGUGCAAAGUAUAAACCGCCUCCUAAUGAGGUGUUCACUGAGUCUACUCUGACAGUGAUGAAGAUUCAGCUGCCAACAGGUGUGGAGGCCUACCUGGAGGACCUGAGACCGUUCAGAGAUGCAGAUGAGCCGGUCAUCUCACACUAUGAGCUCCAAGGAAACACCGUGGUCAUUCAGAUUGAAGCUGUACCCUCAGACAUCUUCUUGUGCGUUGGUUUCCGAACCAGGAUCGGGUUCACAGUGUUGGGCGUCAGUGAGUCGUGGUUUAGCGUCUAUGAGCCUCAAGAUAAAGGCAGUAUGUGUGUCAAACCUUUCACCUACCAGCAGCAGAAGCUGCAGCGCCUCUGUGUGGCAGAACAGUGUCAGUGUAUGACAGCUGCUUGUGCUGCCUACAGAGCAAAGAUUGAUGCCACUCUGACAGUAGCCAAACGACUAGAGGAAACCUGCCGGCCUCAUAUCAAAUAUGCCUACAGGGUUACUGUGAGAUCUGCAGCAGCAGAAGGAGACUUUAUGACCUACUCAGCCAAUGUGAAUGAAGUCCUGAAGAGCACAGAUAAAGAUUUUGAAGCGCUGAGUUCAGGGACGGAGGUAGACCUGAUUAUAAAGGUCACCUGUGGUGCUGUUGAUAUCCAGAAAAACAAACAGUACCUCGUGAUGGGAGCCAGUGGAUCAGAGGUCAUGUUGGAUCAAGGCUUCAAGUAUCGUCUCGCUCUGGACACAGAUGCACUGGUGGAGCUCUGGCCAACAGAGUGCAGUUCUCCUGAGUGUUCGGACUACAUUGCCAACCUGGAGGAGUACGCUCUGGAACUGCAGUUAACAAGCUGUACAGACUUAUAGCUCAGAGUUAGAUUCAGUACUGAGAAGGACUCUAUGAAGACUUAUGAAAAGGAAUAAGAAGGAGAAAAGAUUAAACCUGUGAAGUAUAUUUAGUUCAGGAAAUGUUAGCUCAAAUGUAUUUAAUUGUCCUUUUCCAAAGUAUGCUAUGCCAAUAAAAUGGUUUGACUGUGA